AUGAGUAGUGCCCCGUCUCAACAUUUACCCGCCGAUCGCACAGAAUGGGAGAAGGCUGUCAAGGGACACGAGCUAGAUAAGGAAACUAUUCAUGGGGCUGAGUUAGUCUCAGGAUCAAAGAUAGGCUACAAACAGUUCUUACUCCUACGUGUCCUCUGGAAAGUACAAAGUUCACUCAAGACACUACCAGAGAGAAUCAAGAGACUGAUUCCGGACGCCACCGCGAUGUUGGAAGACUAUCCCUCAUGGAAGACAUACUGUAAUGGUUUCGGCAUGUCCAUCAACCCUGAGGGGAAUUUCACUAUCGUUCGUUAUUACCAGCAGAUGGCUGCACGCACCAAGGGAAUCAUAAGACCUAGCACUUUCGAUACCCCAAUUGCUUUACGGACUCGCAAUAAGCUCAAGGAGAAGGUCUUUGAUGUCUCCAAACUGCAACUUAAUUCUCCGAAAACUCCGUCCACGAACCCAAAAGAUCCGCCAAAGACACCAGAGUCGAAUUCGGAUGAUGACGACGAUGAUGAUGAUAGCCUUGUGUAUGAUCAGGAGGAGCCAGAAUUCAUCACUCCAGCUGCUCAGGUGCCCAAAGAGCUUCGGGGGCAGUUGUUUCCGCCCACGAAAGAUGAGCAAAUCGUGAAUACUGCUCUUGUGGAGGCCAGUUUCGAGGCCAGAACAGACGGAUACUUGGACGAUGGCAACGAAAAUGCUUAUGCACUUAUCGAGGUUAAGCCAGUGAUUAGAAGCUCAAAACCAAGUCUGAUCCAGAUGCAAGAAAGUGCCCAAAUGGUAGGGUGGCUGAUGAACAAUGGUGACACGGAUAUUGAACGAUUAGGGAUUCAUAUUUCUCAGAAUAGGCAUGAGAUAUUCCUGACGAUUGCCGAGUAUGACGAUGACUACGUUGCGUAUCUCAAGAAUAAGCCACCUAAGAGUCAAAACAGAGGAGCUAGAAACUGA